UUUAAAUUAACCUAAAUUAACCGAAACUGAUUCUGAAGUACAAUAUUAAAACUAUUUACAUACCUAUAUAUUGUAAAUAUAUGUUUAAAAUGGACGAUCUUGAACAACAAUGCGAAGACGCUUUGUUUGAAUUGUGUGAUGCUCGAGAGCGGUAUCCACUGCGAUGCGCUGAUGAACUAAGAACGUGUAUCCAACUCAGAAAUGAAAUACAAAUGAUGAACGUGACACAAAAAUCAAAUAUAACGAAUAAUGUUUUGGGGCAGAGCAUACAUUUUGAUAAUGACUUCUGGAAGAAGAAAGUAUGCCUUGACUUCUUGGACCAUAAAUUGCAAGAAAUGAUAGACAAAUUAGGUAAUCUGAAAACUGUCAUGGAACAAAUUGAACGGGAAAAAACAUGCAAGACUAAUAUAUUAUUAAAAAGUUGAAUCAGUGUCUUAUAAAAAAUAAAAUAACCAAAGUAUUGUUAUACAUUUAUUCAUCGUUCAUGUUCAACGAAUGAACUACACGUACAAAAUAUCUUAAGCAUAUGUUCAUUCCUUAAGUAUGAACUAUGUUUUGAAUAAAUUAUGCGACAUUUUUGCAGACUAUUCUGAAACCAUGUUCAAGAAUUCAUUUUCAGUGCAUGCUUGUU